AUGAACAAUAAGACCUCAGAAGUGAAACCGGUGAGGGUGGUCAUCAUUGGAGGCGGAGUAGCCGGGCUCGGCGCAGCGUAUGGCCUGACUCGACCGGAGCUGGAAGGUCGCUUCGACGUGCGAGUGAUCGAGAAGCGGACUGCGUCUCAAUGCCUCGAAGCGGGAUACCCUAUCCACCUGUCACCUUCUGGUCGAGAUGCCAUCUCCACUCUUCUCUCCCCUGCAGAUCAAGAGCGAUUGCAUCUCGCUCGCCAGUCCCUACCUGCCAGACACGACGGGAUCAGCUUUUUCAACAGCGACUGCAAGCGGAUCUGGCACACCCUGCGGGAACCAUUCGAGAGCAGUCUUGUCGAACGGGGUGACAUCCUUCGGAUCUUGCGCGAUCGAGUCAAGGGGAUCGAGUAUGAUCGCAAGGUCGUUUCUGUCAAAGACUUGCAGGAUGAGGCGGUAGUCAUGCUGUCAACUGGGGAGAUCAUACGCGCAGAUAUUGUCAUUGGUUCGGACGGCAUGUUCUCGGCAGUCCGAAAGACGCUUCACCCUAAGGAUGAUUUCCGCCCCAUGCCAUGGGUCACCUGCAAUUUCCGCCUCUCCCCCUCUUUCCUCAAGGCCGCUGUGAGCGGUCUCGGAGCUGAUCCCCGCGGCAUCAACGUCUUCUGCGGGACAGGCUGGUCUGCCGCACUCAUGCCCACUCAUGAUGGCGCUUACGUCGCCUUGACCGUUCCUUCACCCAUGAAGGAUAUCCGCUCUGCAUUUGCGUCCUUGCCUGAUUUGCCCCUGAUCCAGGCGAUCCGGGCGGACGUAAACACGAAUCAGGGCAGGGCGUUCCCUCUCUACUCUGCAAAAUAUACUCAAGCCGGCCGAGGGAGGCUCAUACUCAUCGGGGAUGCAGCGCACGGGAUGAACCCCUUCUGCGGUGCUGGCGCCAGCAUGGCCUUGAGCGACGCGGCGAGUCUCGUCAAGGUGCUAACGGGGACUGAAGACCUUGCCGAGGCUCUACCGCGCUUCCAUAACGACCUGAAGAAGCGCGCCGACCCAAUGAUCAAGAUGUCGAAAGUCCUGCUAUGGCUCGCGCAGGGCAAGACUCCGAUGGGUCGGGUGGCGAGGGGUACAGCUUUCCGCACAAUCGAGGUCGUCGAAAAGGUGCUGCCGACGCGGAAGCGGAUGCAGAAGAGGCUGGAUGCGGUCUUGGCGGAUGCAGAAGAGGCAAAGAGGCUGGACGCGGCCUUGGCGGAAGAGGCGAAUCAGGCGGGGAUCUCGCCAGUCUCGUCCACCAGCACGUUGCUGGAAGAUACCCCUCCAAAGAUGCUCAGACAUGAUUAA